AUGUCUCUCGUGGGGAAUUUUACCUCCAACUACGAUCGAAGUGUACAAACAGGAGGGGUUGGACUCCCGGGCCACCAGAGACGUCCCAGCGAGGUUGAAGAGUUCCAUGUCCCAUUUCGAACCAGAUCUCAUUCCCAGUCGAAACCAAAACACUCGAUAGAUGACAAGGAGAUGGCGGCAGCAUCGGAUAAACAUCCAAUUGGUGCUCACGCUACCUCGUCACCCUCCAACAAGCCUGAUUCUGGCAGCAGCUCUGACGGGGAAGCAACCGAACGUAUCAAAUAUCUAGCCAGGCAGUUUUCCCGGUCGUCCAAUUUCUCUGUCGAUGGCAAUCCCUUCGAAGCAGAAGCAGACUCCGCGCUAGAUCCCAAUUCUGACAACUUUCGACCUCACGCAUGGGUCAAAUCUAUGUUCAAGCUACAGUCCGAGGAUGACCGUUUCCUCGCGAGAACUGCUGGAUUUGCCUUUCGAAACCUGAGUGCCUUUGGCUUCGGUGCAGCAACCGACUACCAAAAAUCCGUAGGCAAUGUCCUCUUUGAAGUUGUCGGCUUAGCACGAAGACUGAUGGGUACUGGCCAACGAAGGAUUGACAUCCUACGAAACUUUGAUGGGCUCGUUCUACCAGGAGAGAUGCUCGUUGUUCUCGGACCACCUGGCUCAGGAUGUUCAACGUUCCUCAAGACAAUUGCCGGUGAGACCCACGGCUUUAAUAUUGAAAAGGAUUCCUACAUCAAUUACCAGGGCGUCAGCUACGCAGAUAUGCAUAAGCACUUCCGCGGUGAAGCAAUUUAUACAGCAGAACUGGAUGUCCACUUCCCUCAAAUGACAGUUGCUGAAACUCUCUACUUCGCUGCCCGUGCGAGAGCCCCCAGAUUUCUUCCUGGUGGAGUAUCCAAGGAUACCUAUGCUGCUCAUAUGAGAGAUGUCAUCAUGGCAACCCUGGGCAUUCGACACACUUUCAAUACCAGAGUUGGCAACGAUUUCAUCCGAGGUGUCAGCGGUGGCGAGCGAAAACGUGUUAGUAUUGCGGAAGCAAUGUUGAAUCAAUCGCCUUUACAGUGUUGGGACAACAGUACGCGUGGCUUGGACAGCGCCAAUGCACUGGAGUUUGUUAGAAGUUUACGAAUCUCGACCGAUGUCCUUAAUGCGACCGCCGCAGUGGCCAUUUAUCAAGCUCCUCAGAGUGCUUAUGACAUUUUUGACAAAGCCAUCGUCCUGUACGAAGGACGACAAAUAUAUUUUGGAAAGAGAGAAGACGCCAAAGCGUUUUUCGUGAAUUUGGGUUUCCAUUGCCCGGACCGCCAAACAACUGCUGACUUCUUGACUUCCAUGACAAGUCCAGAGGAACGUAUUGUACGCGCAGGUUUUGAGAACAAGGUCCCACGUACGCCAGACGACUUUGCUCGGGCCUGGAAGGAGAGCCCUGAGCGUGCACAGCUCUUGCAAGAUAUUGAGAAAUUCGACCAGGAGCACCCGCUCGGCGGAGAAGGGCUUUCGAGGUUCAAAGAAUCGAGACGCCUACAGCAAGCGAAAAGGCAGCGGGUUGCAUCACCCUACACACUUUCUUACGCGCAGCAAGUAAGGCUCUGCCUUUGGCGUGGUUUCCGCAGACUGGCCGCGGAUCCAACCCUGACCUUUGUCCAACUCUUCUUCAACACUAUUAUGGCUUUGGUUAUCUCCUCCAUCUUCUACAAUCUCGACAAGACAACAAACUCUUUUUACGCCCGCGGUGCUCUACUUUUCUUUGCCAUUCUCAUGAACGCCUUUGGUAGUGCACUGGAAAUUCUCACCCUCUAUGCUCAGCGACCAAUCGUGGAGAAGCACCAGCGAUACGCUCUCUACCACCCCUCGGCGGAAGCGUUCGCCUCGAUGUUAACUGAUCUCCCUUAUAAAAUCCUGAAUACCAUUGUCUUCAAUCUCACGCUUUAUUUCAUGACCAACUUGAGGAGAGAGCCAGGAGCGUUCUUCUUUUUCUUGCUCAUCUCAUUUUUCUUGACUCUGGUCAUGAGUAUGUUAUUUCGAACCAUCGCGUCAGUUUCAAGGAGUCUGAGCCAGGCUUUAGCACCAGCGGCUAUUUUGAUUCUUGCAAUCGUCAUCUAUACUGGCUUUGCCAUCCCCGUCAAUUACAUGCUGGGAUGGGCACGAUGGAUAAAUUACCUAGAUCCAGUCGCUUACGGGUUUGAGGCUUUGAUGGUCAACGAGUUUUCCGGUCAGGACUACGACUGUGCCCAAUAUGUCCCACGCGGUCCCGGCUAUGACGGCGUUUCAGGUUUAGCACAUGUGUGCAACACGCCGGGUUCUCGACCAGGCCAAUCUUUCGUGAAUGGCGAUGAUUAUAUCAACACCACCUACCAGUACUAUGCUUCACACAAAUGGAGAAACUUUGGUCUGUUGAUCGUGUUUGGAAUUGGCCUUAUGGUCGCCUACCUGGUGUCUGCCGAACUUGUCUCCGCGAAGAAAUCAAAGGGUGAAGUAUUGGUAUUCCGUCGUGGACACAAGCCUGCCGUUCUGAAAGAUCUUCCACAAGACGCUGAAGCCGGUGCUACAGGACGUGCCCUUCGAGCUACAAAUAAUCAAGAUCUGCAACCUAUCUCGAGCAUCAUCCAGAAACAGACGGCCAUCUUCCAAUGGAAGAACGUUUGCUAUGAUAUCAAAGUCAAAGGCGGUGAGAGAAGAUUGCUAGACCACGUAGAUGGUUGGGUCAAACCUGGCACCUUGACUGGUCUUAUGGGUGUUUCUGGCGCUGGCAAAACAACCCUGCUGGACGUUUUGGCGACUCGUGUUACCAUGGGUGUCAUCUCAGGCGAGAUGUUGGUUGAUGGACAACAGAGAGACGAGUCAUUCCAACGUAAGACCGGUUAUGUACAGCAACAGGACUUACACUUGGAGACUUCGACUGUUCGAGAAGCCCUGAACUUUAGCGCCUUGUUGCGCCAACCGGCCCAUGUCCCACGCAAGGAGAAGCUUUCGUAUGUCAGCGAGGUGAUUAAGCUCCUCGAUAUGACCGAGUACGCCGAUGCUGUCGUCGGCGUCCCUGGUGAAGGGCUCAACGUAGAACAAAGGAAGCGUCUUACUAUCGGUGUCGAAUUAGCAGCCAAGCCUCAACUCUUACUUUUCUUGGAUGAACCCACUUCCGGUCUCGACUCGCAGACUUCUUGGUCUAUCCUCGACCUUCUCGAGAAACUCAAGAACAAUGGCCAGGCUAUCUUAUGUACCAUCCAUCAACCAUCGGCAAUGCUCUUCCAGCGCUUUGACCGUCUCCUUUUCCUUGCCAGCGGCGGUAAGACGGUCUACUUUGGACCUGUCGGCGAAUCUUCCCAUGUCCUGACAAGCUAUUUUGAGCGAAAUGGCGGUCACCCUUGUCCUCCUGAAGCAAAUCCUGCCGAAUGGAUGUUGGAAGUCAUCGGUGCCGCACCUGGAUCCCACACAGAUAUUGACUGGGUCGAUACAUGGCGAAGCUCGCCCGAAUAUAAAGAAGUACAUGCUGAGCUCUCACUUAUGAAGCGUGAGCGAUGCAAACUCGAGCGAGCGACAUCCAAUAGUGCAGACAAGUCAAGCUACCGAGAAUUCGCCGCACCCUUUUGGCAGCAACUGCUCGAGACCCAGAAGCGAGUUUUCGAACAAUACUGGCGCACACCCUCCUAUAUCUACAGCAAGCUUUCUCUGGUCAUAUUCUCUGGCCUCUUCGUUGGUUUCUCAUUCUUCAACGCCCCUAAUACACAGCAGGGUCUUCAGAACCAGAUGUUUGGAAUUUUCAUGUUGAUGACAAUCUUCGGCCAACUAGUGCAACAGAUCAUGCCUCUCUUUGUCACCCAGCGCUCCUUGUAUGAGGUUCGCGAACGCCCCUCGAAAGCUUAUUCAUGGAAAGCCUUCAUGAUGAGCAAUAUUGUGGUUGAACUCCCUUGGUCAGCUCUGUGCGCCGUGCUCCUCUUCUUUACCUGGUACUAUCCGAUCGGGCUAUACCACAACGCCGAACCAACCGACAGCGUCCACGAGCGCGGAGCCUUGAUGUUCCUCUAUAUCUUGUCGUUCUUGCUCUUUAGUUGCACUUUCGCGCACAUGGCAGUCGCAGCGGUUGACACUGCCGAGACUGGAGGCAACAUUGCCAAUUUGGCAUUUAUGCUCUGUUUAGUAUUCUGCGGUGUCUUGGUCGGACCAGACGCCUUCCCAGGAUUCUGGAUAUUCAUGUACAGAGUGAGCCCAUUCACCUACUUGAUCGACGGGAUGCUUUCCACUGCAGUCUCGGGCACCCGCGCCGUAUGUGCCGCAAACGAAUAUCUCCAUUUCGACCCUUCGGAAGCCGGACAGAACUGCGCACAGUAUAUGUCGGCUUACAUCAAUGCCACGGGUGGCUAUCUUCUCAAUCCAGAUGCGACCGAGGAGUGCUCGUUCUGCCAGAUCAGCGAGACGGACACGUUCCUUGCCGCCGUCAAUUCACAUCCUCAAUACAAAUGGCGUAAUUGGGGCAUCAUCUGGGCAUAUAUUAUCUUCAAUAUCUUCGGUGCUGUUUUCUUCUACUGGCUGGGUCGAGUCCCAAGAAACAAGGGUGAUGCUAAGAAGGAGACUGCAAGCCCCACUGGCAGCAGGGACGCCAGUAUCAUCUCCCCGGUUGCCACAAAUCAACCUCAACUUCAAGAGAAGAACCUCGAAUCGGGCGCUUCCGCGGACGCCACCAGACCUGAAUCACCGCUCGUCACCCGUGACUUGGAAUCUGAAAAGGUGGCUGAGAAGGACGCAGUCGUCGGGUGA